AUGUCAGAAGGAAACGAAGAAAAAGGCCAAGGCCAAGGCCAAGGCCAAGACCACGGCCACUUCCCAGAAGGCCGCACGUUCCUCCACCAGGUGGAGUCCAAACGCUCCGUACACACCCACCACUCGGUCCCAAUGAACAGCUCGGACUCCCAGUCCAACGCAUCGGACCCAGAAGAACUCGCCCCAUUCCCAUCCGUCGUCGACGAAUCCGAACUAGACGAGUCAGAACUAGAAGAAAUCCAAAACGAAGACGUGUCCAUCAUCUACAAAGACGACGAAGAAAAACCAGACUUGUCCUGGGCCAGCAUCUGCAGAUACGCAGGGACCCGUAUCACUUCCUUGUUCCAGAUCCACAAGGUCUCCAUGGACAACAUCAACCCAUUCCCAGAGUUGCGCAAAAUGACCCUAUCCAACUGGAACUACUUCUUCAUGGGGUAUUUGGCAUGGCUAUGCGCCGCAUGGGCCUUUUUCGCAGUCUCUGUCUCAACAGCCCCAUUGGCAAAGUUGUACGAUAAGCCCACCAAGGACAUCUCCUGGGGGCUCUCGCUAGUGCUUUUCGUCAGAUCCGCUGGUGCCAUCAUCUUCGGGCUAUGGACCGAUAAUUACUCCAGAAAAUGGCCCUACAUCACUUGUCUCGGACUUUUCCUCAUCUGCCAGCUCUGUACCCCAUGGGCCAAGACCUACACUCAGUUCCUUGGUGUUAGAUGGAUCUCCGGUAUCGCCAUGGGUGGUAUCUACGGUUGUGCCUCCGCUACUGCUAUCGAGGACGCCCCAGUCAAGGCCAGAUCCAUCCUCUCCGGUUUGUUCUUCAGCGCAUACGCCAUGGGUUUCAUCUUCGCCAUCAUCUUCUACAGAGCCUUCUUGCACGUCAACGGCGAGAACUACUGGAAAGUCCAGUUCUGGUUCUCCAUCUUCUUGCCAGCACUCCUAAUGCUAUGGAGACUCGUGUGGCCAGAAACGAAAUACUUCACAAAGGUCCUCAAGGCUAGAGAAUUGAUGAAACAAGACGCUAUCGCAUCAAACGGCGGUAACCCAAUCCCAAAGACUACUUUCAAGGAAAAGAUGGCCAACACAAAGAGAAUCAUCUGCAAGUACUGGCUAUUGUUCGGCUACUUGGUCUUGUUGCUUGUCGGUCCAAACUAUUUGACUCACGGUUCCCAGGAUUUGUUCCCAACCAUGAUCCGUUCCCAAUUGAACUUCUCAGAGGACGCUGUCACUGUCGCCAUCGUCGUGGUCAACCUCGGUGGUAUCUGCGGUGGUUUGUUCUUUGGCCAAUUGAUGGAAGUCACCGGUAGAAGAUUGGGUCUCUUGAUCGCUUUGACCAUGGCCGGGUGCUUCACAUACCCAGCAUUCAUGCUAAAGACCUCUUCCGCUGUCUUGGGUGCAGGUUUCAUGCUAUUCUUCUCGGUGUUCGGUGUCUGGGGUGUUAUCCCAAUCCAUCUAUCAGAAUUGUCUCCUCCAGAAGCUAGAGCCUUGGUCGCUGGUCUAGCGUACCAAUUGGGUAACUUGGCAUCGGCUGCAUCGGUCGUCAUCGAAAAUGACUUGGCUGACAUCUACCCAUUGGCAAGAGACGCUGCAGGUAAAGUCAUCAAGAAGGAUUACGCUAAGGUCAUGGCUAUCUUGACCGGUUCCGUCGUCAUCUUCACUUUCGUCAUGGUCUUGAUCGGCCACGAAAAGUUCCACAGAGACUUGUCCUCAGCAGUGCUAAAGGCUUACAUGGAAAAGGUCGACAGAAACGAAGAAGAUGCUCGUUUGGGCGUCUCCAGUCUAUCCAUCUCAUCCAAGUCCAAGGAAGAACAAGUCGAGAACGCUUAG